GCUGCGAAUCUCUGCCCCAGCACCUGCCUUGCGGCUCCAUCCGGCAUCUCCAUCCGGUAUCCAUCCGCCAUGUCUCUGCGUCGCCCAGACUUCAGCCUCGAGGCCGUCGUUCGUCCCAACAUCUGGAAGCUCCAGCCAUACCGAUGUGCUCGAGACGAUUACUCCGAGGGUAUCCUGCUUGAUGCCAACGAGAACUCGUUUGGCCCGGCCGUCGCGCUGGAAACCGAACUCGGCGAUCUUCAGCUCGAGCGAUACCCAGACCCCCACCAAGUCGAGCUCAAGGCGCUCCUGGCCCAGUUCCGCAACGUUCCUUCGCCCGAUUACUUUUUCCUCGGCGUUGGCUCCGACGAGUCGAUCGAUCUGAUCAUCCGAGUCUUUUGCACGCCUGCCAAGGACAAGAUCCUGAUCACGCCCCCGACCUACGGCAUGUACAGCGUCUGUGCCCAGGUCAACGACGUUGGCGUGGUCAAGGUGCCGCUGAUUACCGAGGAUGCCUCGUUCCAGCUGGACCUGCCUGAGAUGUUCAAAGCCAUUGAUGCGGAUCCGACCAUCAAGGCCAUUUUCUUGUGCUCGCCCGGCAACCCCACCAGCUCCCUGCUCAAGCACGAGGACAUUGCCGCUGUCCUGAACUACGAGAACUUUAGGGGCGUCGUUGUCGUCGACGAGGCCUACAUCGACUUUUGCCAGGACCAGACGGUGUCGGAGUGGGCCAAAGAGUACCCCAAUCUGAUUGUCACCCAGACGCUGUCCAAGUCGUUUGGUCUGGCUGGUAUCAGACUGGGCAUCGCUAUCGCACAGCCCUCGAUCGCUCGGAUCCUCAACAGUACCAAGGCCCCUUACAACAUCUCUUCGCUGACAUCCAAGCACGCCAUUGCUGCCCUCGGCCCUGCAGGCAUCAGCAGCAUGAAGGUCAAGGUGGCCAGCAUCGAGAGCGAGCGAGCACGACUGCUGCGUGAGCUCGGGGCCUUUGCCCAGAUUCGGCUCAUUGGCACCAACCAGGCCAACUUUGUGCUGGCCCAGUGUCUGAGCGCCGAAGGAGCCCCGGACAACCAGCUGGCACACUCGAUCUACAAGAGCAUGGCCGAGAAGAACAAGAUCGUGGUCCGAUUCCGAGGCAACGAGCCUUGGAUGCCUGGCUUGGCAAGCGGCCAGAGCGGAAGCUCAUGA